AUGGCAGAACCUCUCCACGACCAGCCGAACAAGCCUCCACGACGCAUUCCACAGCCAGGCGACUACGAGAACCUCAGCCUCGCUACUAGAGCCAUUCACGCCGAUGACCCCAUCAACUUUAACAUCGAUGUCGCUCCUCCUCUCCACGUCUCCACCACCUACCGCUACAAAUCCGACCCCUCCCAGCUCGACCCUUCACGCGAACUCGAACUGUCCGAUUUGCACCCUCCUGGAGGGCCCAUGCUCGGCGAUGGACACAUCUAUUCCCGCCUUACCGCUCCCAACUCCAGUCGAUUGGAGUUGAUGCUCACCAGCAUCCUCGGCCAGCCCGUCAUCACCUACUCGAGUGGUCUCUCGGCAUUCCAUGCCCUCCUCACAUGGCUGCACCCCAAGGUCGUCGCUAUCGGUGAGGGCUAUCACGGCUGCCAUGGUGUCUUGGCCAUUUACCAGAAACUGACAGGAUGCAAGAUUGUGGAUUUGUUUGAUGAGAAGAGCUGGGAUGAAGCGGGGCUGGGAAAGGGUGAUGUGGUACAUUUGGAGACUCCGGUCAAUCCUACGGGGAUUGCUUACAAUGUAGAAGCUUUUGCGCAGGCGGCGCAUCGGAGAGGAGCGUAUUUGACUGUGGAUGCGACGUUUGCUCCUCCGCCUUUGCUGGAUCCCUUUCUGUGGGGAGCGAAUUUUGUUAUGCAUUCUGGGACCAAAUAUUUUGGCGGGCAUUCGGAUAUGCUGUGUGGUGUUGUUGGGGUGGGGAGACAGGGGGAAGAAUGGGAAAAACACUAUUGGGGCAUGUAUGCUGAAAGGAUCUAUCUAGGGAGUGUCAUGGGUAGUAUGGAAGGUUGGCUUGGUGUGAGAUCUCUCAGGACGUUUGAGUUGAGGGUCAAGAGGCAGAGCGAGAAUGCGGAUCAGUUGGUUGCUUUCAUUGCUGGCGCGCUGGAGGGAACAUCAGGGACGGAUGAUGACGGCGUCGAGGAUGUGAAGAAGGUUGUGGAGAAGAUUGAGCAUGCGAGUCUGCAAAAGGAAGACAUGGGGUGGUUGAAAAAGCAGAUGCCGAACGGAUUUGGUCCUGUUUUCUCGAUGUGGAUGAAAAGUGAAGCAUUGGCAAGACGUUUGCCUUCGAAAUUGCACCUCUUCCACCAUGCUACGAGUUUGGGCGGUGUGGAGAGUCUGGUUGAGUGGAGGAAGAUGAGUGACCCGAAGGUGGAAGGCGGUCUGCUGCGAGUCAGCGUUGGUGUUGAGAGCUGGGAGGACCUCAAGGCCGAUAUGAUCAAUGGUUGCAAACAGCUUGUGGCCGAUGGAAGCCUGUAG